CGCCUGACUAGCAUUGUCUCGGGCAGUUUUAAUGUGAAGCUGCCAGAUUUAUCUCUCCGUUGCAGCACAGCGGACAACAGAUAAAGUGUGUGUUUAGUCGAGAAGAUACCAGGAUAACUCGCCAGUACUACACUCUUUGCUCUAAAGUGGAUUAGGAUUUUAUGUACAACAUGACAUUUGAGGAACUAAGUGGGGAUUACUCUCAAGAAAGAAUGGAUUCAGUGGCGAAAGCUUUGGAAGAAGUCCUCACCUCUGCGUUGCCACAGGGCUGCAUUACAGUAGGAGUCUACGAGGCUGCCAAAUCACUCAAUGUGGACCCUGAUAAUGUGGUUUUGUGCAUCCUCGCCACUGAUGACGAAGAUGUCAAAGAUGUGGCACUGCAGAUCCACUUUACCCUAAUUCAGGCUUUCUGCUGUGAGAAUGACAUCAACAUCCUGAGAGUCAACAACACCCGGCGCCUGGCAGAAAUACUGGAGGGAGAAGGAAAACAGAGUGGGGGUGAACCUAUGGACCUCCACUGUGUCCUGGUCACUAGCCCACAUUCUACAUCAUGGAAGGACCCCGCUUUGAGCAAAGUGAACCGAUUCUGCAGGGAGAGCCGCUGUAUGGACCAGUGGGUACCCAUCAUCAACCUGCCCGAACGAUGAACUUUUAGCUGCUGAAACCUGUGAAAGGACUUGUAUCUGCACAUUAAGAGUGGUGUGAACCCUGAUGGACACAUUACCACCCAGAGAUCAAAUUCCAAAGUACUGCUGAUGGGGGAAAGAACAUUUUGAAGACCCCGCUUGUCUACAUGGGAUGUAUUUAAAAGCAGACAAAAAAAGAGCUGGGGGCAAGGAUUUCCACUUUGGACAGGACUGUUUGGAGUUGCGUCUGUCAGCCUUGGCAACGGAGAUGAGAUGGCGAGGCAUUUGUAUCGUCAUGAGGUGGGAAU